AUGUUUGGAGGAUUGGACCUCAAUUCGCAGACUUAUUUCAUGGACCUGAUGCAUUCAUCUGAUUUGUACGAAGAAGGGCGGGAGUUCGUGGCUGGAGGUGCCAGAGGCGGUGGCCGUGGUGCAGGGGCGGGGCACAGGCCCGACCGUGGUGCAGGGGCGGGGCACAGGUCCGACCGUGGUGCAGGGGCGGGGCACAGGCCCGACCGUGGUGCUGGACGCUCAACUGCUGGCCGUGGGGGGCGCAGCAGUACUAGCCGUGUUGGUCGCGGUGGACGCCGUGGCCGCGUCCCUGUUCUGGGAUUAGAAGAGGCAGCUGAUGGUCGGGGUGCUGGACGUGGGCGUGGCGUAGGCCGCAGUGGGCAGACCGGUCGUUCAUCCUCUCUGCCGUAUCGAGUGCCCCGUGCUAGCAGCGGUUCAAUGGAGAUUGAAGGUGUUCCUGGUACAGAGGAUGAGCCAGACGACUCCCACUUCCAUGAUCAAUAUUAUGAUGGUGUUGGAGAAGAUGAUUCGAACGAUGAUAUUGAUAAGGCUGAAUGGACCAAUAGUGAAAACACUGCUACAUUUUGUUCACUCUGUGUUGAGGAGAUCACAGCUGGCAACAGGAGCAAUGGAUUCAUGACUGUUAGAGGUUACAAAAAUAUUGCUAUCAAGUUUGAACAGAACAGAGGGCUACGACACUCUAGGAUACAGUUUAAGAACAGAUGGAAAGAACUAAAACGCUUCUACUCAUUUUGGUUGUGGCUUAACAAACAAACUGGACUAGGUCGAUCCCCUAGUGGGGGAAUUGUGGCAAGUGAUGAAUAUUGGAAGAAACAUACUAAGGGACAUGCUGCAUGGAGGAAGCUUAAAUAUGGACCACCAGAGAACCUUCCUGAGCUUGAGAUCAUGUUCGAACAUACUGCUGUAGAUGGAUCAACAUCUUGUGUGGCAGGAGAACAAAUGGAUGAUGAAGUCGAUUUUGGAGAGGAGGGAGGAGAUGAAGCCGAUGUGACUCCCUUGAGUGUUAGCAACAAGAAAAGAAGCUCCAACAACACUGCAACAGUCAUUAGUCCAAAGAAGAAAAUCAAAAGUCCUAUGGUGAGAAUAAUGAAGGGAAUGUAUGAAGAGAUGAAAGAAACCAAUGCAGCAGCACAAAAGGCAAUGCAGGAUAAGGUUGUGCAAGCGGAGAAGGUAUUGCAGGAGAAGAAGGAUUCCAUUACCAAAUGCAUGUCCUUGGCUGUUGAGAGUGGGGCAUUAGAGGGAAGUGCUGAGCAUUUCAUGGCUGGUACAUUGUUCGUAAAGGAAUAA